AAAACUUUUUAUCCUGUAGCAUGUUUUUGGCUCAGAGGAGACUCUGCAUCCUUGGCAGCAGAGCCAAAUUCCUGAAGACAAUUUAUUCUUCAAAAAUCCUUGGACUCUCUACUUCUGCUAAAAUGUCUUUGAAAUUCAAAAAUGCAAAACGAAUCGAAGGCCUUGGUACUAGUGUGUGGACUGAAUUUACCAAGUUGGCCGCAGAACCCUCUGUUGUGAAUCUUGGCCAAGGCCUUCCAGAUAUAUCCCCUCCUAUAUAUGUAAAGGAAGAAUUAUCAAAGAUUGCAGCAAUUGAUAGCCUGAAUCAGUAUACUCGGGGCUUUGGUCAUCCAUCACUUGUGAAAGCCCUGUCCUGCCUAUAUGGAAAAAUUUGUCAAAAGCAAAUCGAUCCAAAUGAAGAAAUCCUUGUAACAGUAGGAGCAUAUGGAUCUCUUUUUAACUCCAUCCAAGGAUUAAUUGAUGAGGGAGAUGAAGUCAUAAUAAUGGUGCCUUUCUAUGACUGCUAUGAGCCCAUGGUGAGAAUGGCUGGAGCAACACCUGUUUUUAUUACCCUAAAAUCUAAACCUAUUGAUGGGAAAAAACGGUCUAGUUCUGACUGGAUAUUGGAUCCUCAAGAACUGGCAAGUAAAUUUAAUUCCAAAACCAAAGCUAUUAUACUAAAUACUCCACAUAACCCCAUUGGCAAGGUGUAUUCCAGAGAAGAACUACAAGUGAUUGCUGACCUUUGCAUCAAGUAUGACACACUGUGCAUUAGUGAUGAGGUCUAUGAAUGGCUUGUAUAUACUGGAAAUAAGCAUUUAAAAAUAGCUACGUUUCCAGGUAUGUGGGAGAGGACCAUAACAAUCGGAAGCGCUGGAAAGACUUUUAGUGUAACUGGCUGGAAGAUCGGCUGGUCCAUUGGUCCUAAUCAUUUGAUAAAACAUUUACAGACAGUUCAACAAAACUCUGUUUAUACUUGUGCAACUCCUCUACAGGAAGCCUUGACUCAAGCAUUUUGGAUUGAUAUCAAGCGCAUGGACGAUCCGGAGUGUUACUUUAAUUCUUUGCCGAAAGAGUUAGAAGUAAAAAGAGAUCGGAUGGUACAUUUGCUUGAAAGUGCUGGCCUAAAACCCAUAGUUCCUGAUGGGGGAUACUUCAUCAUUGUCGAUGUGUCUUCCCUAGAUGUAGAUCUCUCUGAUAUGAAGAACAGCAAUGAACCUUAUGACUACAAAUUUGUGAAAUGGAUGACUAAAAAUAAGAAACUAUCAGCAAUCCCAGUUUCAGCAUUCUGUAAUGCCGAGACAAAAUCACAAUUUGAGAAGUUUGUGAGAUUUUGCUUUAUUAAAAAAGACAGUACACUGGAUGCUGCUGAAGAAAUCAUGAAGGCAUGGAAUAGAGAGAAGUGUUGAUGUACACAGACUGGUUUCUAUUGGAUGACCUAGUGGGAAAUUGUCAUUUGGUGCUGCCACCUGCAGGAUACUGAAAAAUAUGUCUGUACAAAGGCAAUUUAAAGACAUAUUUCCAUUGUUUUUCCGAAGUUAAUCCCACUACUAACACUAUUCAGGUGAUGGGUCCUUUUUUUCCCUUUCAGUUAAGAUGUAUUAAAACACUUUCCACUACCAUUUUAUGAAAGGACAUGUUGCAUGGUGAAUGGGGACUGUGAAAGACUUGUCGAUGCUUAACUUCUCUGUGCUUCUGUUUCCUAGUCCUAAAAGGGCAAUAAAAACUAGCAUCUACUUUA